UAAAACGGUAGGCUUUAACCCAAACAUAUCAGUCAGUUACCUUAAAUAUAAAUGGAAUAAAUGCUCCGGUUAAAAGACAAAGAAUGUUAACCUGGAUUAAAAACCUAACCCUGCUAUUUAUAAGAGACACAUCUAAACUAUGAGGAUACUGAAAGGAUGGUAAGCAGAUGGGAACAGUAAACAGAUGGAAAAAGAUUUUCCAUAUAAAUACUACCCAAAACAAAGUUAGCAUAGUUGUAUUGCUAUCACACAAAAUCAGUUUUAGGCUAAAAGCAUUUCUGAGAUAAAAAGGGUCACCAUAAUGAUAUGAUAAGAGGUUUAAUUCACCAAUAAGUUAAAAUGGUUUUAAUUUUGUGUGCGUGGACUAAAUGCAAUUAAAAUACGUAUACCAAAAUACAAAGAUUGUCAAGAGUGGAUAAUAGAAUGUACAACUAUACACUGCUUAUGAAAGAUUCCUUGACUAUAAUGACACAGAAAGGUUGAAAAUAAAAUGAUAGAAGAUAUAUUUUGCAAAUAUUAACUGAAAGAAACCUGUUGUAGCUCUAUCAGAUAAAGUAAGGCUAGAAAUAUUACUAGAGAUUAAAAGAGACGUUAUUUAACAAGCUUAAAUUUCUGUGUACCUAAUAAAUUAGUUUCAAAGUAUUUAAAACAAAAUCUGACAGAAUUAAAGGAGUAGUUAUAUCCUCAGUCAUAGUUAGAGUUUUCUUUUUAACCACAUCUCUUUUUUAGUACCUUACAGAACAAAUCAAUAGAGAUAGAAAAUUUAACAACAUGGUCAGCAAAGUUGACCUAAUGGACAUAAAUGGAACACUGCACCUCAAAACUACAAAACAUUAAUGUUAAAAUUGGAAGUUUGUAUCUUUUGCUGGAUUUUGGAAAUUGAAUGUAAUGGCAACAGAAUUUAUAAAGAGUUGCUGUAGAGGAUGUUUCUAUGGUGAAACAGAAAAGCACAACUUUUCCGUGGAAAGAGACUUGAAAGCAGCAGUCUCAAGUAGCCAGAAUACUGCUAUUUCUAUACCUCCAGUGACUUCUAUUUCUGUAAAGCCUCAGGUUGGCUGCACUGAGGAUUAUUUACUUUCAAAAUUACCAUCUGAUGGCAAAGAGGUACCAUUUGUGGUGCCCAGGUUUAAGUUAUCUUAUAUUCAACCAAGGACACAAGCAACUCCUUCACAUCUGGAAGAACUUGAAGGAUCUGCCAGAGCAUCUUUUGGAGAUCGAAAGGUAGAACUUUCCAGUUCAUCCCAGCAUGGCCCUAGCUAUGAUGUAUACAACCCAUUCUAUAUGUAUCAGCACAUGUCACCUGAUUUGUGUCGACGCUUUCCUCCUCACUCAGAAGCGAUAAGACUAUAUGGAUCAGUUUGUGAUUUAAGGACCCAUAAACUUCCUGGUUCCCCUGGGCUGAGCAAAUCUAUGUUUGAUCUUACAAGUUCAUCUCAGCGAUUCAUCCAGAGAUACGAUUCAUCAUCCAGUGUACCCAGUAGUUGUUCUUCAAGGAAAAAUUCUCAGGGGAGUAACAGAAGCCUGGAUACAAUUACUCUAUCAGGAGAUGAAAAAGAGUUUGGGAGAUUGAAUGUGAAAUUGUUUUAUAAUUCUGCAGUAGAGCAGAUCUGGAUUACAGUUUUACAGUGCAAAGAUUUAAGUUGGCCCUCUAGUUAUGGAGACACUCCUACUAUUUCUGUAAAAGGAAUAUUAACUUUGCCCAAACCAGUGCAUUUCAAGUCUUCAGCUAAAGAAGGCUCCAAUGUUAUUGAAUUUAUGGAAACUUUUGUAUUUGCUAUUAAACUCCAAAGUCUACAAACAGUAAGGCUUGUGUUUAAGAUUCAAACUCAGACUCCCAGGAAGAAAACCAUUGGAGAAUGUUCACUAUCACUCAGAACUCUUAGCACACAGGAGAUGGAUUAUUCUUUGGAUAUAACACCACCUUCAAAAAUUUCUGUUUGCCAUGCAGAGCUUGAAUUGGGGACUUGUUUUCAAGCAGUAAAUAGCAGAAUUCAGUUACAAAUUCUUGAAGCACAGUACCUUCCAAGCUCAUCAGCGCCUCUGACUUUGAGUUUUUUUGUGAAGGUGGCAAUGUUUAGCUCAGGAGAUUUGAUUUAUAAGAAGAAGACACGCUUACUGAAGGCCUCCAAUGGAAGAGUAAAGUGGGGAGAGACUAUGAUUUUUCCACUUAUACAGACUGAAAAAGAAAUUAUUUUUCUUAUUAAGCUUUAUAGUCGAAGCUCUGUACGAAGAAAACACUUUGUGGGCCAGAUUUGGAUAAGUGAAGACAGUAAUAAUAUUGAUGCAGUGAACCAGUGGAAAGAGACAGUUACAAAUCCAGAAAAAGUUGUUAUCAAGUGGCACAAAUUAAACCCAUCUUGAAGAUUUCACACGAUAAUUUGGCGAAGAUCUUGACAUUUAUUUUAGAAGGCUUAUUUCAGUUUGCUACCAAUGAAGAGACAAAUUGCUGCCUUUGUUGAUCUAUUUCUGGAGACCAUAAUUAUAGUACAUAAUGGAUCUGAUCAAAAAAUUAAACUUAAUGAAAAAUGUAAUUAUAUCAAAUAUCCAAAGUGAAGGAAAUGUUUUAAAACUGUGCCCAGUAGACAAUAAAAUAAAGGAUAGUGUCACUAGGGCAACUAAAUAAGUUAUAAAAUCAACAAGAAUAACAACCACAGAUAAUUAUUACUAUAUUAUGUUUUGGGGUUUUUUUGAAGCUUUACCUAGAUAUUCAAAACCUAGUAUAUCAAGUCUCCAUUAGUACUGCUAGGCCUUUAGAAGACUUUUACCACUGACUAGACUAUUGAUUAGAUCUUGGCUCCACUGUUUAUCUCUUGCUACAUAUUUUCUUUCAUAAGGUAAAAAUGAACUGAACCUUUUCAACCCAUUUUGUAUUGGGGAAAGUUUAUGCCCUGUGUUUUGUACUUUCUUAGCUCAAUAUUGUAUUGCCACUUCGUAAGCUUUUUAUCUGCAAAAAACUAAUAUGCCAUUUCCUUCACAAAUAGGAAACUCUAUUUUGGCAAGAAUAAAUUAAAACACCAGAGGUGGAGUUUAAUUGGAAAUCAGGAAUACACAUGUUACUUCCUCUCUCAAAUAUUUUACUCUUUGUUUUAUUUGGAGUUGAUAUAAGAUUAUUAUCCAUAUGGCUUAUCGUAAUUAGCAAAAUGAAAUGAGCCUAGAUAGUAAAUUCAAUAUUUUAUGGUAAUCACUUCCUUGUUUUUCUUUUUUUUAAUAUAAAUUACUUGCUUUAUAAUCCACAAUGUUAGAAUAUUUUCCCAUGUUUUUCAUAACCAUAC